UUCAACAAUAUUACAGACAUUUGUAAAACUACUGCAUUAUUUUUAAGUUCUAUUGAAGACAUAUUGGAAAUUGCAGAGGAUAAAUCAGCUACAGUUGGUUGUUGUAUUGAAGAGUUGGCUGAAGCGGCUGAAUUUGAUGUAUUUGCUCGCUAUGCAAAUGAUAUUGUUAAAAAACAAUGUAGAGAUAUAUUUUGGAACUUAAUUGGUAAACCAGAAGUUUCAAAUUUACUUCAAUCAGCUGGUUAUGGUUUUAAAGAAGCAGUAAAAUAUUAUUUUCCAAAAUUGUUACUAUUACCCUUAUGGCAUUGUAUUAUCUAUUUUGAGUAUUUUAGAAUUUUACAUCAACUUUCUCCAUCCCAGCAUGAUAAAGAAUGUUUAGAACAAGUAGAAGGCAUUUUGAGACCUUUGCAGUUACAAAUGACAUCAGCUGCAAAUCAGGUUAACUUACCAGAUAAUGUCAAAGAAUUUGGACUUAAGAUUAAUGCAACACCUAGACGAUUGUUAGCCAUUGAAAAACUAAAUGAAAUGCAAAAAGCUAUUGAUGGUUGGGAUGGUAAAGAUAUGGGUCAAUGUUGCACAGAGUUCAUAAGAGAAGGAGUACUUGUAAAAGUUUCAAGUGGAGGUAAGCGUUGUUCAGAGCGUAAAGCAAUAUUAUUUGAUGGUGUUCUUCUUUUAUGUAAAUCAAAUAGCAGAAGGACUUCAGUAUCAGUCAGCUCUCAACUUGUAGGUGGCUUGUCUGAAUUCAAAUUAAAAGAAAAAUUAUUUAUUAGAAAAGUGGAAAUUGUUGAUAGAGAUGAUACAGAUGAAACAAAAAAUUUUUUUGAAAUAGUACCUCGUUUACAGCCACCAGUAAUAUUAGUUGCCAGUUCUUUUAAGGAUAAAGCUAAUUGGAUGGCCGAUUUAAUUAUGCUGAACACAAAAAGUAUGCUAGAUAGAACUUUAAACAGUAUAUUACUCGAUGAAGAUAAAAAAUUUCCAUUACGGUUACCUUCAAUUGAAGAAUACAGAUUUGUUGAACCUGAUUCUCGGUCUAACAUAAUUUUUGAAGAAAAAGAAAAUAAUGGUGUUCCUCUUAUAAAAGGUGCCAUUUUACUGAAACUUAUAGAACGAUUGACAUAUCAUAUUUAUGCUGAUCCAAAAUUUGUUAAAACAUUCUUAACAACAUAUCGUAGUUUUUGUUCACCUCAUGAUUUAAUGGAUCUCCUAAUUGAAAGGUAUAACAUUCCUGAGCCUUUUGGUAUAACUAUGGAUUCAGUAAGUCUUCGAGAUGAAACAAAACGAUUUAAAAAAGAAUAUUUAGUACCUGUUCAAUUUAGAGUGUUAAAUGUGAUUAGGCAUUGGGUCGACUAUCAUUAUUAUGAUUAUCAAUGUGAUCCAUCUUUAUUAGAUAAAUUGCAUGCAUUUAUAGAAUCAAUAAACGGAAAAUCAAUGAAAAAAUGGGCAGAUUCAGUUAUUAAAAUAAUUCAAAGAAAAACUUCUGAAGCUCAAAAAGAAAUAACGUUUGCAUUUGAUUCACCACCGCCAGCAAUUGAAGUUCAUAUGGAUUUUAAUGGAAAUGACGAUUUUAACAUUCUACUUGUACAUCCUAUUGAAUUUGCAAGACAGUUGACUCUUAUUGAAUCUGAAAAUUAUAGAGCAGUUAAACCUUCAGAGUUGGUUGGAUCUGUGUGGACUAAGAAGGACAAAGAAAUUAACUCUCCAAAUUUACUUCGGUUAAUCAAACGUACUACAAAUUUUAGUCGUUGGAUUGAAAAAGCUGUUGUUGAAUGUGAAAAUAUUGAGGAAAGAGUAGCGAUUGUGUCAAGAUUUAUUGAAGUAAUGAUGGCAUUAGAUGAACUAAAUAAUUUCAAUGGUGUCUUAGGUGUUCUUUCAGCUAUGAGUUCAGCUGCAGUAUUUCGCUUAAAGUUUACAAUGCAAUCUGUCAAUGCUAGACUUGACAGAGCUYUAGAAGAAGCUCGAGAUUUGAGUAAUAAUCAUUUUAGAAAAUAUCAAGAUAAAUUAAGAAGUAUAAAUCCACCAUGUGUCCCUUUUAUUGGUAUGUAUUUAACAAAUAUAUUGCAUAUUGAAGAAGGUAAUCCAGAUUGUUUGACAAACAACCCAAAUUUAAUUAAUUUUAAUAAACGGAGAAAAGUGGCUGAAAUUAUUGGAGAAAUCCAGCAAUAUCAAAAUCAACCAUAUUGUUUGAAUGUUGAGCCUAAAAUAAAAAAGUUUUUAGAGAACUUAAAUCCAUUCAAUGAUAUGAAAGAUACAGAUAUUAGUAACUAUUUGUAUGAAAAAUCUUUAGAAAUUGAACCAAGAAAUUGCAAACAAAUUCCAAAAUAUCCACGAAAAUGGCCAGACUUAAACCUUAAGUCACCUGGUUUAAAGUCUAAAAUACGAGUGCCAUCAGUAUCCUCCAAAGAUAUGGAUGUUCAAGGUAGAAGAAAUUUAAGUUCAUCAAGUUCUCUAGUUAUUCAAAUGGACAAAAGAGAUGUAGAUGAUUCUGUCUUUGCACCAGUAACAUUUACUUUAGGAAAAAAUAAUGAUGUUCCUCCAGUUCCUCCUAGACUGAGUAAAAUAGAUGGAUCAUUCAGACCACCUAUACCACCAAGAAGAAUGGCUCCACCUUUACCACCAAGAAGAUUACAAGUUGAAGAAGAUUUAACUUUUAAGAAAUUUGUUGUAGACUUACCCAAACCAGAAAUUAAUCAAGAUUUAAAUUGGAACAAAAAACCUGUACCGGUAAUUAAUCCUAGUAAAAAUCCUAUUGAUCAAAAAACAAAAGCAAUCAAUUUUCCCAAACGUGAUAAUACUUUUGAACGUUUGAAUGGACCACCAUUCUUUAGAUCAGAAGUUGUACAAAACUCAAGGUUUCCAUUCAAACUAUUUGUACUAAAAAAAACAACUCCUUCUAUGUUCCAAUUCAAUGUUUAAAUGCAUAAAACUAUUUUUUUAUAAGCAUUAUAAAUCAAUUUAUCAAGAACCAGUUAUUAAGUGAUUGCCAUACUCUAAUUUAAUUUUAUAAAAGUAUCCAGACAAAUUGUAUUUUAGUUAACUUAAGUAAUGACUACAGUAGGUAUAUCCCAUACAUGUUUGUAAUGUGUUUCCAACUUUUAGAUAAAAUAAUAUAGGUUUUUGGGUUUUAUUUCUACACCCUGUAUACAUUUUUCUCUUUGAAGUUAUCAAAUCAUGUUUURAAUUUUCACUGAAAUUAGUUCCUCUCCUGUUAUAGCCGUAUUAUUUUUUUUACAUUUUAGUUCAUUUGUUAUAUGAUAUAUCCUAUCAAUAUAAUUUUUACAUUUGUAAUAAUAUAACACCAACAUUUGGUCCAAUAUAAAAUAAUCUUAGAUUGAAAUUAUUAUUGAAAACAAAUUGCAUAUUGUCUGUGAUAAAACCGGUGUAUACUUUGACCUUGAAUAUUUUUUUUAUUCUUACAGUGUGUUCAAACAAUAUAAAUUCAUAAAUUGUG